AUGUCAGCCCCCGGCAUGGAAAGUGACUUCCAGCUCUUCUCUCCACGCCGCCAGUCCGGAGGGGAUUCUCGUGGGAUGUAUCAGAACCAAACCAUGGAUAAUCAUAAUCAAGAUUGGACCCAGUGGAUGCGAUGGGAUGAACCCGCCUUUACCGAGAAUGGUCAGACGCAUAUCGAUUCCUCUGUCGACCACUCAUUCAUUUCCCCACAUACGACUAUGAACUCCUCCCCCAAUCAGUGUCAAAAUCAGGACUUCUCCCCACAGCUUCCACUCGGACUCAUGGAAAUUCCAUCCGACAAUAACUUCCAGAGAGGUUCAAUCGUCUCCAACUUCCCGGGUCAGUCCGGUCUUGUUUCUCCAAUCUCUAGCGUGGGGGUCAGCAGAAAGCGGAAAACUGGAAGUGAUGACGAUGCUACAACUGUAACUGGACCUAUCCAAUCGGGACCGGCCAAGAAGAUGCCGGCGAAGAAGCGUGCCCAUAAUGUGAUUGAAAAACGAUACCGAGCCAACUUAAACGAGAAAAUCGCCGAAUUGCGUGACAGCGUGCCGAGUUUACGAACAACAAAGAACGCCAAUGGUGACUCCAAUGAAGAUGACGAUGAUGGGGAGGGAACACAAUCUGCGAGCAAGUUGAAUAAAGCUUCCAUCUUGUCCAAGGCUACCGAAUACAUCAAACACCUCGAGAUCCGAAAUAAGAGACUGGAAGACGAGAAUACCGCUCUCAAGAAUCGCCUUCGCCAAGUUGACAAAGCAGCUGACCAGGCUGUUACAUCCGCUGCCUCCGUUUCAUCGCCUAGUAACUACACUGCUUCCAGUGAAUCCUGCGCCGGAACAUCACCAAGCGUCUUCUCUCAGCCUGAAGAAGCUACGAGCGAUAGUUCCCCAACAGCUUCCCAUCCUCCCGAGGGAAUGAUCAAGGUACCUGAUGCAUUCAGGCGGAUGCGUGAGGAGGGCAAGAAAGGCAUCUUUGGCGAAUCAUACAUCACAUCCACGCCCAGGAAUGGUGACUCCAACUUGGGCCACGAAAAUGGGUCUCGACGUCGCUCAAAGUUGCCCAACAAAUACAUGCUGGGAGCUCUUGCCGGUCUCAUGGUACUUGAGGGCUUUGGCUCAGAAGAGUCUGAGUCUGAGGCGAAAGGCCUGUUCGCUCUCCCUCUGAACCUACUCCAUCGCUUGCGGUCCCCCAUUCUCGCUCACGGGGAGUUCUACUUGAAGAAUUUCUGGUAUUCGUGGCAUGCUCGGGCAAUCUCUCAUUUCUUACUACUUAUGACUUUGGUAGUUGGAAGUGCAUUCAUUGUAUUUGUUUAUCUCUUCAACGCUCAACCCGUCACAGGACAUCCCCCUCCAAAGGCAGUCAGCGAGGGCAAAAAUGCACAACCCACCUCCAGUGAUUUCCGACGACAGGCAUGGCUUACUAGUAUGCAACGAGUUGGUGUUCCACGUCAUCGCUUCUUCCGCGAAUGGUAUGUGGUGACCUCGCGAUGCUUCGAGUAUGUUCUGCGAUGUUUCAUGGGCUGGAAACUCUAUUCUUGGGCGACAGGAAUCACAGAAGAAGAUGAGAAGGGCCGUGUGAAAACAUGGGAUAUUGCUAUCGAUGCUCAGCUCACUGGAGGUGAUGCUGAGAUUAGCAAGAGCCGUCUGGUCCUGACCAUCUUUGCUGCAGGAACACUUCCCAGCAGCCCCAUGCGAAUGAUUCUCAAGGCGUUACAUGUACGCAUUCUUCUUUAUAGAGUCGGGGAGUAUGGCUCUUGGUCUUUCCGUGUCUCCAAUGAUAUUGCUCGCGCUCUUGCGAACUACCAGUGGGGCGUUGCGAGAGAAAUCCACAAUGCUCUCCCUGAGGGCCACCCCGACCAACUUCCUCCUCACUUGGCAGAACUUAUCAAACUCGACUGCGACGAUGUGAUGAUUGAUUCUAUUAUCCAGCGAGCUGUGAAUUUGACUUGGAAUCGUCCAACUCAAGAAGGCGCUGGAGAUGAUGCCGUCCUGCUUGACGUGGUUGAAGAGGACCCAGCUAUUCAAUGCUCCGUGGAUGCUCUUGCAGCUUGGUGGUCAAGUCAUCUUCUCCAGAGUGCCAUUCUGAAGUAUCUGGAAGCUAGCGCGGGCGGUCCUGUAUCCAAAGCGAGCCGUGACACCUUCAAGGAAAAGAUCUGCAUGGCUCUUGAUGUUGCUCCUCGACUUUCUGCAGCUUACAGUCGCGCUUUGGUUAUGAAGGCGGUCUUCUUUGAUCAGGACCGCAUCAAGAAUGUCGGCGCUGUACUUUCUGCUCUUCCCAAGCCCAAGGACAAGCGCAAGGGUGAAUGGAACCAGGCAGCGAACUUUCUUGACUCAUCACUUCCAGUAUCGGUCCGUGAUGAGAUCUCUAUUGCUGUCCGCUGUGCCAUGAUUGCCGCCAUUGUUACAGCUCGAUCCAAUGGCGACACUACUCUCCCAGCCUCCUUCACUAUUCAAAAGGCCAUAAAUUGGUUCAACCAAUUGCCAAUCGACCCUGUUGAGCUGAGCCUGAUUGGCUUCUCUUCAGUCUACCACUUGCUACAUCUAUUGGCCUCGGAUGUUGAUUACAUCGCUUCUUCUGAUUCAUCUGCACCAUCUUCUCAAGUCUCAGACCCUGGAUCAUCCGCCGACGACGAAGCCGAAGAAAAGCCACGCAUCUCUCGCAAAUUCGCUCUCUGCCCACGCGACAUCCCCAAUCUCGGACGUGUCGCUGCUGAGCUCAUCUACUGGUCUCGAAAUGCGUACAACCCAGCAUUCUAUGGCUUCUCGUCUAGUCUCGUUGAAAUAAUCGUCAAGUCCUGCACUUCCCUUUGCAAAGAUGCCGGGAUCAAUGUCGAUGACUUUUUGAACACGCCACCAGAGCCAAUCCCCUCUCGGAAGCGGAAAUCUCGACGUCGCCGAGGUGGCUCGGAGCAGUGCUUCCAGAGUGAUGCGGAUCAAGACUUGAUCGAGACACGCAUUGCUAAGCCCCUGGGUCGAGAACGCUCUGCUAGUAAUGAUACAGGAUAUGGAAGUCUUAGCCUCGAAGAGGAUGUUCCGACUAUUCCCCUGUUCCUGAGCAGGUUUAAGACAUCAAGUUGCAAAUGUUCUUCCUUGGAUGGAUUUCUUAUAGCGAUGGCGUUUUUGUUCUUUGUUUAA